AUGGGUCACUCAUGUGGGGCCCAUCUCUGUGCACUUACUGCUUUGUUUUUGGCUGGAGAAAACGAGGAACUCGGGAUUGACACCACCAAGCAGAGAGAGCUUCUAUCUUCUUUAAAGGGCAUAAUAGGUCUGAGUGGAGUGUACCACAUUAACGACCACUACAGACAUGAAACCUGGAGAGGGAUUGAAUAUGUGUCUGCAAUGUGCAGGGUCAUGAAGGGAGAAGAGAACUUUGACAGAUACUCACCAGCGACGUACAUUAGCACACUGACUAAAGAAAGCACUUCAAGGUUACCCCCUUUCGUUCUUCUGCAUGGGAUCAAGGAUAAAGUGAUGCCAGUGGAAUCUUCACUGCGCUUUUCCAGCGCUCUUUUGAUGGCCUCUGUGAAAGAGACACUGUACGUGUUACCAAACGUGGAUCAUGCAGUUAUCAUCAUGGACCUUAUGGACAGAAAUAGAAGCAACUACACAACACUGCAUGAACACAUACGCAAAGAACUGCAAACCUUCAAAAUAUUUACUCAUAAUGGAUAAAGAAGCAUCUUUUUUUUUUUUUUAAAUGUUGGUGUUUAUUACAGGAAAAUUUUUUGAAAAGUGUAGUUUACAUGGUGUAAACUAUGAUAUCUGAUACUAUUCUAGGUAAAGGAGAGCUAUGAUUGCAUGCUUUACUUUCAGGUAGUUUUUAGGUCAUUUCCCUUUAGAGUGAUGAUGUCCCCACCCCUCUCAUUAACAGACUGGGUACAUCCCCCUAAUCAAUGUAAUGUUUGAAGUCAGUGACUUGCAGGUGCUAAUGAUCUACUGUAAGAAGUGAAUCAGACCCUUGACUGUUUUAAACAGACGAAAGCAUGUAAAUUGAGCUUAAAGCACAUGUCAUUGUAAUUGUUUAUUAACAGUUUCCUCACUUAUUUACAGAAUAUGCACACAUAAACUGCAGUAUGAAAAUGAAUACAUAUAAUGAAUACAUGUACAAAAAUCAAUAAACAGUUAAUUGUCAAGCAGUGUUAUACUUACCCAUUAAGUACCAAAUAACAUUUUCUUUGAUAAACUCAGAACACAGAAAAAAAAGUAAAUCCUUUGUUUUGGCUACAGAAUGUACCAUUUGCGGUAAAACAAAAUUAGCCUAGUUUAUAACAAUAUAGUUAAAGAGAAAAUAUAAUUAAGAGGUAGAUGCCAGUUAACCAAUGCUCAAAAAAAUUGAGAACAAUGGCAGUUAAUGGGUGAAUCAAACAUGCAGCAUUCUUUGCUGCCCAUAGGGGACAUCUGUCUGUGGAGAGUCAGGUUGGUGGUAACCUAGGUAACACAGGAUGUAUAUUGUUUUUACUUAAUAAAUGGGUUUCUAAAAAAAAAAAAAAAAAAAAAAAAAAAACUAGAAUGUUGUUAAUGCAGCAGAGGAAUGCAGAAUCCCAGCUGAUGGUAAAAGCAAUUUCCAAAAAGAUGGGUUCAUCCUCCUUUACACUACUUAAGGUAUUGGAGCAAAAUGACAUGGAAAUGAAAUGACACAGUCGCAUACAAAAUAAAUUGCACACAUCAAACUAAAUCAGUAACAAGAUACGACACAAGGAUAAUCGGAUAUGUGUCAGUCUGUAGAAAAUGUAUUGAGACUUAAGAUUUUUUUAAUGU